AUGAAGGCUUCGGCAACAGUGGCCCUUCCUAAAGAUGCUGAGGAACUACGGACCAGAUUAUCUCUUCUCGGCAGGGCUUGGACAUUCGUCGGCUUCCAACAGCCUAAUUGCACGUGGUUGCGCGGGCUAAGCCCGCAGGUUUUCCAGGACUACCUCGACCACCUCUUGGGCCCGUACGUUUCUAAGCUGUACUCCCGCGACGCACAUGGCAACCAGUCGGCCGCGCCACCUUGGAACUUAGUUCUCUUGUGCGAGUUGGAGAUCUGGCGGAAGGCCAUGAACCUCGUCAUCGAGGGUAAGGCCUUGGCCCAGGCGCUCAAGGUAACGUCCAGCGACCCUGUCACCAAGGAGCGCUUCUUCACGGCACCCUUGGCGAUGGCCGCCACGAUUCGUACGAACAAGAGAUCUUAUGACACAAUGGCGGCCCCCCUCGGGCAAGCACGCAGCUAA